CAGAGACUUUAGGACACGGGACCCAGAACCAGAUGGUCCGGAGGAGACGCGCCAGCCCCCGCCGCAGCUGCCGGAGCGGUGAAGCCCCGCCGCGCCGCAGGGACUGAUCCAGCCCGGCCGGGCAGCGCCGCGGGGCCGUGCCCAGGCCAGAGACUGCGGCAGGGUCUGGAGCCCCCCACCCCGACGGCGGCAGCUUGACCCUCUGCCGGGGGGGCCCCCCUGCGUCCUUUCCUCCUCCCCGCAUCCCCCUUUGCUUUCAUGCAACGCCUGGUGGCCUGGGACGCAUCAUGCCUCCCCAUCCAGCCGCCCGCCUUUAAAUCCAUGGAAGUGGCUAAUUUCUAUUACGAGGCGGACUGUCUGGCUGCUCUCAACAAGCUGCACCCGCGGGCGGCCGGGGGCCGCUCCAUGACCGAGCUCACUGUCGGGGACCACGAGCGAGCCAUCGACUUCAGCCCGUACCUGGAGCCUUUGGCGUCGCAGCCGCCGCCUCCCGCGGCAGCAGCAGGGGGCAACUUUGAGCCUCCGUGCAGCAGCGGCGCCGGCCAAGAUUUCCUUUCCGAUCUCUUCGCCGAGGACUAUAAAGGCAGCGGCGGCAGCAAGAAGCCCGACUACACCUACAUCAGCCUCGCCCGGCACAGCCACCCCUGCGCCAGCCAGAGCCACAAGCCGGGGGGGCUGCCGGGCUGCUUCCCGCCCCAGAUCGUGGAAACCAAAGUGGAGCCGGUCUUCGAGACCCUGGACUCUUGCAAAGGGCCCCGGAAGGAAGAAGGGGGCGCGGGGCCGGGACCGGGGGGCAUGUCCUCGCCCUACGGCAGCACCGUGCGCUCCUACCUGGGUUACCAGUCGGUGCCGAGCGGCAGCAGCGGGAACCUCUCCACCUCGUCCUCCUCCAGCCCCCCCGGCACCCCCAACCCCUCCGAGUCCUCCAAGUCCGCCGCCGCCGGCGGGGGCUACUCGGCCGCCCCGGCGGGCAAGAACAAGCCCAAGAAGUGCGUGGACAAGCACAGCGACGAGUACAAGCUCCGCCGGGAGAGGAACAACAUCGCGGUGCGCAAGAGCCGCGACAAAGCCAAAAUGCGCAACCUGGAGACGCAGCACAAAGUCUUGGAACUGACGGCCGAGAACGAGCGGCUGCAGAAGAAGGUGGAGCAGCUCUCCCGGGAGCUGAGCACCCUCAGGAACUUGUUCAAACAGCUGCCCGAGCCCCUGCUCGCCUCCUCGCCGCGCUGCUGACCCCCGGCCGGGCUGCGGGGCGAGCGGAGCCGCUCCGCGCUCCUGGGGCCGGGCCGAGGGGGGCGAGAGCCGGGCGGGCGGGUUUGGUUUCAAUUUGUGUUGUUGUUGUUGGAUUUAUUUUUGUUUUUCGGUCUUUAUCGACAUGUUGGCGGAAGGCUCCGCCGCCGCGCGGGGUCGGAGCGGGGCCGGGCGCGGAGAGACCCCGGCCCCGGCCCGGGCGGGCUCUGCUGGGCGCUGGGUUAUUUAAAAGAGCGAGAGGAGAGCAAGGGCAAAGUGAUGCAAUCCUUUAAGCAUGGCUGGGAAUGCUGUGUACAUGAUGCAAUCUCGUGUAACUGUCAGUCAUGGAUUGAGUAAUCUGUUAAAGAUGUUCCUACAGUUUUUUUAUUAUAAAGAAUAAUCUAUUUCUAUAAGAAAAUACAUAUGUAUAUUUUGGGAUCUAUGCAUUCUUGCUACAUUUGAAGCAUUAAUGAACAAUUUUAAUAAACUUUAUGACUAGGUUAAAAACCAGCAGCUUGUUUUAUUUUGAAGGCAUGUUUAAAGUUAGAUUAAACACAGGGUUGAAAUUCCAGCUGAUUCUGGCUCAACGCUGUGAUCAGGGAUAGGGAUUUUUGUUGGUCUUUUAGCUUUGUUUGAGAGAAAGGAAAAAAAAAAACAACAAA